AUGGCCCAAUUGAGUUUGUCAACGACAGCUGCGGAUGGCAUCAAGUCCAUGGUGAGGUCAUACGUCGUUGGUGAUGCUGUGUUCCAGACAGCGAGGCCAUCUGGCUUAUCAGCCUUUGGUUUCACGGUGGAGCUUCACGACAUCAAAACAGCUCUCAAGCAACUACCAGAAAUCUUACAAGCGGACCAGCCUGCAUUCUUGUCCAUGGUAUAUUCUUUCGACAACAGCAUGCGAUCUGUUGUUAUAAUCGCAAAGAAUAUGAAACUCUGGCAGCUUUGGGACCAGGACCCGUUACCAACCUAUAUUCGCAGUCGAACAGUUUUGAUUGGCGAUGCGGCGCAUGCGAUGACGCCUCACCAAGGACAGGGCAGAACACGGGCUGUUGAAGAUGCAGAGGGUUUUAGACUGUUCCUUCAGAAAUUCGUUACUAGUGAACAUGUUCCUGAGCUCCUGAAAGACUUUGAUUCUGUCCGCAGGCCACGCGCAAGCCAGAUCAAGGAUAAUACCAGAAAGGCAAAGAACAAAAGGACGGCGCAGGGAGUGUACAUGCUUGCGAAGAUAAACUGGACCUACGGUGGCAUCAUGGAAGAGCUCAAAGCCGUGGAAGAGACUACAGGAAUGCGGAUAUGUAAAUAG